UGUACUUACGGCUUUCAUUUACAGUUUUUUUCGUCAGUCAUGUUCGUAGCCUGCGAACACUGCCUAUUUUUGGCGACGUGCGGCGUGAAACAAAAGCCAGAAAUCCCUCCCGUGUUCGCACCGCAGACCUUUUCGUGCAAAAGCUUACGUCAUUCGCACUUUGCUAUUAUGUGAUUGGUCUGUUCGACAGAGCACAAACAAACCACAAACACAAAAGGAAAAGGAUGUGGUUUGGAUGUGAGCAGCCGUUUCUUUGGGGGAGCGUUGCGUGAUAUCCCAAAAAACAGCUGCGGAGGAGACUUUCCUUGCUGUAGCUACCAAACGAAACGAGAAAAUGACCCUUUUCGCGCCUCGUGGCUUUGCUGCUUGCUGCUCCAUCAGUCGCUUCAUAUUUACCACAUCUCGUCCUAGAUUUUAUCAAAAUCGAAGAAACGGACUGCUCAUUGAGUCUACCAAACACUAUACGAGCUUGUCUGGCACGGAACAGUUCAAAAUUCGCCUAAUUAAGACAGAAGAAGAAUUCGAAACUAUCAUCAUAAAUGCGCUGGUGAAGGAAGGCUGGAGGCCAGGUUUAAAAGAUGCUGAAUGUUUCAUGGCUUGUGAUCCAACAGCAGGGUUUGUUGGCGAGUUGAACGGGAAACCUAUUGGCUGUGUGACAAUGGCAAAAUAUGGUGACAGGUUUGCUUUCGCUGGUUGUUAUAUCGUGAGCAAAGAAUACAGAGGAAAGGGAUACGGCAGGAAAAUUAGAAAGGCCAUUUUUGCAAGAGUGAAGCCUCCUCGCAGCAUAGGAAUAAUAUCAGGGCUGCCGCAGGCAGAAGAAAUGAAUAAACGGGAGGGAUUUCACAGUCAGUUUUAUGGCGCACUCUUUCUUUUUAACAUUCCAACAACCAUAGCUUACUUCUCUGAGACAUCGAUAAGAUCACCCGUAAAAAUCAAGGGCGUCGAAGAAGUGAAUUUGCAAGCGUUAUUCAUGUAUGACACCACGGUGUUUGGCUUUGAACGACAUGCGUUCUUGUCCAAAUGGCUUCGAAUGACUGGCAGUCACGCACGUGUAGCCAUCGAUAGUGAAGGUUCUAUCGUGGGUUACACGGUUGCCCGACCAACGUUCAUCAAAGAGAGUUACAAGAUURGUCCGCUGUUUGCAGAUUCAGAGGAAAUUGCAGAGAAGUUGUUGAAAGCGGUGUUUGAGGAGCUACUUCGACAAGAGGAACCUGCUCCUGUGGUUUGCAUUGACGCCCCUACAGAGAAGGCCACGAAACUGUGCGAAAGGCUUCAAGGAAAGAGGUCUUUUGAGUUGGUGUACAUGGUCAUGGAUGAUCUCCCUGACGCAUGUUUUGAUAAAUGGUUCGGUUACACUACGGUUCAAUUUGGUUAAGCUGUCUGUCAACAUCUCACAUUUCUUACCCCACCUCAAGAUGUGAGCAGCUUAGAACGUCUUACAUUUUGUAAACAGCUGUUUGCUGUUGUCGGUAAUUCAGAGAAAAGAUUGCGUUAUUUUGGUGUAGUGUUGAACGAGGAAGAUUUACAAGAGGAAAAAUGUUAGUCAUAUUUUCAUGGGACGAUUGGAACCAGGUGAAAACUGUUUCUUUCAGGUACUUUGUACUUUCAGCCCAUUGUGAAAUCAGAGUCCUGUAAUUCUUUGUAAGUUACUCAUUUCGCAUCGAACCUUUUACUUUUCAGGCACAGCUGUCUUUUUAUAAUUGUUUGUAGAAACUUGGUUUCCAGAUAUUUCACGUAUGUUCAGUAUUCAAGCUAGAGGAGUUUCUUUUUUGCUGCCAGUCGAGUUUUGAAUUUGUGAUAGUUUUCUUUUUGCGGAUUAGCGAACGAUUGUCGUGCUUUAAAUUAGUGUAAUAUUUUCGUUUCUGUUUUCGUUUUUUCAAGUUUCAUGUACCUGACACUUCUCAGUAUAAAUUCAUGGAAUUAUAACAAACAAGUAUACUAAACACGAGCAAACACCGUUGUGUCAUUAUCAGUAUGCCUGAACUAAGCAAACUAUCAGGCGGUACACACCCUUACAAGACGUGCCGUGAUUGGCCGACGGUUUUAACAAAAAAUAGAAAAACCCAAUUGUUUGAGGAGAACGUAAGCAACACUACUGGAGUAAUUAGGCCUAAAAAUACAUUCCUUUAGGUAGAUCUAGUUCAAUAUUGAUGAUCGAAGAUCACUUGGACCCUAAACUGCUCCUAUGAUCAAAUUCUCGACAUCCAUUUUUUUUUUUUACGUUUUCGUACACAGUAGGUCUUUCUCAGAUAACUUGCCAAAUUUCAGUCCAAUGACGAACAUUAGAACUCGCGUUUUUGAGGAACUUUAUUUCCGAGAAUUUACGGCCGCCAUUAAGUUUCUUUGUUUCAAGUCUUGGUUGAGAAUUUGAGUAAAUGAAGUCAUUUGCUCAAAAAUAUCACGCGGGUUGAAAUUAUAAUUAAAACAACUAGACGCUUUGCUGCGUGUACCCAGG